AUGACCGUACCUUCCGGCCGACUGGAUGAGAUUUCCUCAGAAAAUGCCAGAGCAUGUGUACAAAACAUCAGAGACAAAGCUUCGAACAUCGACAGUGGCAGGGACGCAACAAGAUCUUAUGAGAUACCUGCCAUUGAGUCGAGAGACAAGAUCGCUCCUUUCACCUUACUCUGCAACACUGGACUGAGCCCAGGUGAAGCGAGAGCUCGGACAGCGGAACAGUGCAAUGUACCCGAGGACAUGGUUGAGGAUGUAUUCCCCUGCACACCUCUGCAAGAAGGCAUGAUGGCCACGACGAUCAAACGACCGGGCCAAUAUGUUAGACGAUGGGUGUUUCGUCUAGCAAAGGAUGUUAUGAUUGAUCGUCUUGUUCAAACAUGGGAUGAGAUUGUCGCACAACAUCCUAUUUUGCGGACUCGAAUCAUUCAAAUUCCGGGUCAGACAAUGCUGCAAGCUAUACUUGCAUAUAAGCCUCCGAGGUCGAUCACCACUCACCAGGGUAUUGAUCAGUAUAUCGCGGAGGACGACACCCAGGCUUUCAGAUUAGGCACGCCUUUGGUCCGACCUGGCUUGGUUAUUGAGACACAUAGUGACCAUCGAUGCUUUGUGCUUACCAUGCAUCAUGCAAUUAUCGAUGGAGUUUCAAUUGUGAUGCUCCUCAAGGAGAUUGAAGUCAAAUUUCAUCAGAACUUGUGCAAAUCUACUUCAGCAAACGAUGAAAUCAAUGUUCCAUUCCAAUCCUUUGUGAAGCAUCAAAUGGAUACGGAGAGUGAAGCGGUGAAAUAUUGGGAGCAGAAAUUGAGAGGCUCAGAUUCAUCAAUCUUUCCCAAGCUACCAUCCCACAAUUACGACCCAAAGGCCAAUGAAAUCCUGGAGUAUCGAAUGACCGAGGUCCCUCGUGUUCAAAAAAAUGACAUUAGACUCUCGACUGCGGUUUGGGCCGCUUGGACAAUUCUUCAAGCAUCCUACACGCACUCAUUGGAUGUCGUAUUUGGUGUUCCCCUGACUGGGCGACAACAAAUCCCAAUUGCAGGUGUUGAAAAAAUGAUGGCUCCAACUGUUGUCACAGUACCGCUCCAGGUCCGAUUAGACUGGAACGCCUCCUUGGGUACAUUACUCCAGGAAGUUCAGACCCAGAUAACCAACAUGCUCCCCUUCGCCCACGUGGGCCUACAAAAGAUCCGACAGAUGGGGCCAUCAGGGGACCAAGCGAGCCGGUUUCAAACCAUCCUGGGGGUACAGCGUCGGUCAGUGGUGCAACCUGGCAACAACAGCAUAUUUCAGUACGACAGCGAACGCAGCGCUCGAGACCUAGGAGUAUUCAAUGCCAAUGCUCUAAUGAUCGAGUGCCAGAUCGACACUGAUGGCUUGCAUCUACUGAUGAGCUUUGAUUCUGUGGUAAUCAGACGAGAUCAGGUUCUGAGAUUGGCCCAGCAAUUGGAGAAUGUGUUACGCCAGAUUUGCACCAAGGGUUCGCAAUUCAUCGAAUUGAGGAGGAUCGAGACUCUCAGUCCCCAGGAUGUGGGAGAUAUCCGACGAGUGGAUCGAUACGUACACGAUCUCAUUGCAGAGCAUGUCAACGACCGUCCUGAAGCUCCCGCAAUAUGUGCGUGGGAUGGUAAUUUGACGUACCGGGAGCUUGAUGAUCUUUCAAACAGGCUGGCUCUUUAUCUUGUGGAAAUCGAAGUUUGUCGGGGUAAAAUUGUACCAUUAUGUUGUGAAAGGUCCAAGUGGACGUUUGUUUGUAUGCUCGCUGUGAUGAAGACCGGUGCUGCAUUUGUUUUCCUGGACGAAGCACUUCCGUUGGAGCGCAUGAGGGAGGUUGUCGCGCAGACAAAAGCUCAAGUUCUUCUCACCUCAAAGAAUUCCCUGGAGAAAGCUUCCAAAAUUAGGGUCCCCCUUGUUGUUAUGGCCGGCGCGGGUGCAGACUGGUUGAAAACCUCGGAUGUUCCAGUACAAACCCAUUUUGAGACCCUUCGCUCUCAUAGUAGCACGGGAACACCUGGAGACUCUCUGUACAUUGCUUUUACAUCGGGCUCGACGGGGAAACCCAAGGGAGCCGUCAUAACGCAUAGCAGUUAUGCAUCAGUAGCCUGCGCCCACAAAGGUCCCAUGGGAUUGAAUCAAGACUCUCGAAUGCUGCAUUUUGCAUCCUACUCCUUCGAUGCCAGCAACUUUGAGGCACUCACAACAUUCAUUGCUGGUGGAUGUCUCUGUAUUCCAUCGGAGGAGAUGCGCAAAAAUGACUUGUCAACUGUUAUAACGGAGCUUCAAGUCAAUUCUAUGUUUCUAACACCAACUGUCAGCCGAUUGCUGACGCCAGGCGACAUUCCCACGGUCAAGGUCAUGUUGCUUGGUGGCGAGCCAAUUAUGGACAGUGACAUUGAAUUCUGGAGUUCCCGCCUGCAUCUGAAGAUCGUUUACGGUCCCACUGAGUGUUCGGCUAUCUGCUGCUGUCUGCCCGAUGCUACGAAUUCUGACGCAGGUACCAUUGGCCAUGGGACCGGUGCCAGUCUAUGGGUUGUGGACCCCUCUGAUCAUCAUAAGCUAGCCCCGGUUGGAGCAAUCGGUGAGCUUAUCCUAGAAGGGCCUGUAGUUGGCAACGGGUACCUCAAUAAUGCCGAUAAAACCGCGUUAGCAUUUGUGGACCAGCCUGACUGGGUGUCCAACAUCCUCCACCAGCCAUACGACGAAAGCUUCUCCUGGUACCGAACCGGUGACUUAGUUCAAUACCGUGAGGAUGGCUUGCUCAGGUACAUCGGACGAAAGGAUCAGCAAGUUAAAUUGCACGGGCAGCGGUUUGAGCUCGCUGAGGUUGAGAUCCAUCUUCGCAAUGUGUGGAAAGAGGCGAAGGAUGUUGUUGCGGCCAUUGUCACGCCAGCUGGCGGAAAGACGGCCCUUGCAGCCUUCAUAUGGCUCGAGAAAUCUCCAAAAGACCUAAACAGCAUGUGCAAAGAGAUAUUUGCGAGGACCGUCCCAGCCCAAUUUUCAAGUCAUGUCCACGAAGCACGGGAUCAGCUGCAAAAUCUCAUUCCUAGCUACAUGGUACCUAGUCUUUUCAUUCCACUGUAUUUUAUGCCACAGCGGGUCUCUGGCAAGAUUGAUAAAGCACUUCUUUGUUCACAUGCUGCAACUUUCACUCGAUUGGAACUGGAGACCUUCAUGGGAACGCAGUUAGCGAAAAGGCAAGCGUCUACAUGGAUUGAGAAAAUGAUUGUGGGGUUUGUUCAGGAUUUGCUCAAAAACAACACUACACCGAGUCCAAACGACAAUUUCUUCAGGCUUGGAGGCGAUUCAAUCGUCGCAAUGAAGCUGGUUCAGCUCGUACGUCGGGCUAAAAUGACCUUGAAUAUUGCAGAAAUUUUCCAAUCGCCAAAACUAUGUGAUCUAGCUUUACUCAUUGAGCGGCGACAUGGAAAUGUUCGUCCUGCUUCUUCAUCGUCAUCAUCCUCCUCAUCUACGACUCCGUCUCCUUCCCUCACCUCAUCUUCAGAGUCAUCGCACAUAAGCCUUCCACAGCUGGCACCAUUCUCAAUGGUAAGCAAACAGGUUCAGGAUGAGGUAUUUGAAGAGGUACUCUGCCACUGCGGGCUAAGUCCAGAGGAAGUUGAGGAUAUUUACCCUUGCACGCCUCUACAGGAGGGGUUAAUGUCGUUGAGUAUUGGCAAUCCUGGGACCUAUAUCCGGCAAGAUAGAUAUCUUCUGCCGCCGACAAUUGACGCAGGCCGUGUAAAGGACGCGUGGUAUCAGGUAAUUAAUGCCAACACCAUCCUGCGAACCCGUAUCUACCAUCCCAGAUCCGGAGAGAAAGCCUUGCAGAUUGUUUUAAAGACUGCCGUUGAAUGGAAGAGCUGCGAGGUAGAAAGCUUAGCGGGUAUCUUGCCUAGCCACUUUGAGAAAAACAGCGUGAUGGGAUUCCUUGACCCGCUCCUGCAGCUCACACUGAUCAAAGAGCGUCAGGGAGACCCCAACAUGACUCCAAGCUUUUUGUUGGAGGUAACGCUGCACCAUGCAAUUUAUGACGCGUUAUCAAUUGAGCAGAUUUAUGAUCAAGUUGAGGCAUCAUACCGUGGCAUCCAAGUUUACUCUCGGUCUUUCGCCCCGUUUGUUGAACAUAUUGAGCGCUCGAUACUCUCAGGGAAAUUAUUUUGGUCAACACAGCUUGAUGGAGCCAUGCAGAGCAUAACACUGUUCCCAGCUCUUCCAGAUGGGAAUUAUGUCCCGCGACCUAUGGAGAAGAUAGAAAGCUCGAUAUCUAUCCUCCCAGAUCAUAGACAGAUUGGCUAUACGCUGAAUAUCCAGCUACGCGCAGCGUGGGCCAUGACAAUGUUUCAAUACACAUGUUCCAACGAUGUGGUCUUCGGGGUCACUGUGGCAGGUCGCAGCGGUGACUUACCAGGACUAGACCAGGUCACAGGGCCAACAUUUGCGACGAUACCGCUACGUGCUACUCGUGACGAGUCAAAGACUGUCCAGGAAACCCUAUCUUUAUUCCAAAGCCAGAUGGUCGAAGCUAUUCCUUUCGAACAUUAUGGAUUGCAAAACAUUUGUUCCGUCAGCGAAGAUGCGGCAUUGGCAUGUCGCUUCCAGACCUUGCUCAUCAUUCAAUCUGCAGCUGAAAACCAGAACUUCAACCGUGGGGAGCGAAUGAUAUUUUCAUCCCCGAUGGCUAAAAGCCCGGAAGAAAAGUCCCAAUCUGACUCAUACGCCUUGACAAUCGAAUGUGCCCCACGCGGUGAUAGCAUCACUGUGAGGGCUAUCUUUGACUCAACUCUGGUCCCAGUCAAUACUGUCAAGCAAAUGCUACAAUUGUUCUCACACGUCUUCCAUGAGUUGAUUGACCUAACCCGCUCAAUCGGAGAGAUCAACAUGAUCAGCGCAGAGAAUCGAAGCCAGAUAUCCACGUGGAACUCCACUUUGUCUGAGAGUUCCAGAGUGAAAGAGGUCAAAUCGAAGCAUACUGUAUAUGAUCUGAUUCAACACCAAUGUGACACGCAUCCCAGCGAUCUCGCUGUCUGUGCGUGGGACGGUAAUUUCACGUACGAACAACUCGGUCAUCAAUCAUCUAUCUUCGCAGCUCAUCUUCUACAAACCUUUAGCAUUGGACCGGAAGUGAUUGUACCAUUAUGUUUUGAGAAGUCCCGGUGGACAACGGUGGCUAUGUUGGGCGUUAUGAAGGCGGGUGCUGCUUUUGUCCUCCUGGAUCCCUCCUCGCAGCCUGUCCACAGAAUGCAAGGCAUAUGCAUGCAGGUAAAUGCCACUUUUGUAGUAUGCUCCAGGGCCAAUGCCUCGAAUUUUGAACAUAUUCCGGGAAUGAGUGCCAUCAUUUUGGACCGGGAGAUUAUGGCCACGAUGCAGAGUUCCAAACAUCCAACGUUGAAACAUAUCGGUCCUGUUCCCUCUUAUGAAGAUGCGUUAUAUGCGGUCUUCACCUCCGGAUCAACUGGCCAGCCAAAAGGGAUAAUCAUCGAACACGGUGGGUAUGCCACCACAGCGUUAGCCCGUCAAAGUGUCCUGGGCCUUCACAGGGGAUCACGUGUAUUGCAGUUCGCAUCAUAUGCCUUUGAUGUGAGCAUUGAAAACACCCUUGAUACGUUGAUCGCCGGUGGUUGUGUGUGUAUUCCGUCAGAAUCUCAACGGAAAGCAGAUUUUGCUCGGAUAGCCGACGAAUUCCAGGUCACAUAUGCAGAUCUUACGCCUUCAGUUGCUCGACUUUUGAGCCCAAGUGACAUUCCAACCGUCGAAAUCAUGGUUCUGGGUGGAGAGACAAUGGCAAGCGAGGAUGUUAGCAGAUGGGCAAACCAAGUUCGUCUCGUGAAUGCUUACGGUCCAGCGGAGUGUACAGUGACAGCUACUGUGAAGCACGUUACAGUGACCAGUACUAGCCGCAAUGAAGACGCCAUCAACAUUGGACGAGCAUUCCCAACGGCAGGAACUUGGGUUGUCGAUCAAUUCAACCACAACAAGCUUCUUCCCAUUGGAAUUACGGGAGAGUUGGUAAUUGAAGGACCUCUUGUCGCCCGUGGGUACUUGGAUGGUGGGAAUGAAACAUCACGAUCAACUUCCUUCCUGCAGGACCCACCGGCAUGGAGAAGUCAAUUUUCCUCUUCCAUAGGACCUAUGUGUUCGCGAAUGUAUUGCACAGGUGAUUUGGUUCAAUACAACGCCGAUGGAUCUUUGAAAUAUCUCGGUCGUAAAGAUCAACAAGUGAAGAUCCAUGGACAGCGUAUCGAGCUAGGAGAAAUUGAAUCUCAGCUUCGUGCGGCUUUUCCCUCAGCAAUCGACGUGCUGGUGGACAUGGCUGCCACUAUCAAAAAUCCGCGACCCUCGCUCAUAUCUUUCGUCAGUUUUCCAUGUACUCAAGAAGAGAUCAAGAGCUGUGGAGAGACCAUGAUACUGUUACCGGAGCCGGACUUCCAAAAAAGGAUCGCAGAGGCGGAGGUCAAGCUGCAUGAACUCCUUGCACAAUACAUGAUACCAACAGUCUUCAUUCCCGUGCGGAAUAUUCCUCAAACCUCAUCCGGCAAGGCCGAUCGUCGCAAACUGUGUCAAGCGGCCUCCAAUUUAUCUUUGAAACAGAUAGAGAGUUGCAUGACAUCCCAGGACAAAGCGCGAGCUCCUUCUACCGCAAUAGAAAAGAGACUGCAAGCCUUGUGGGCUAAGGCUUUAGGCGUCCCGCCAGAAAGUAUCAAUUCUAGUGACGGGUUCUUCCGUGUUGGAGGAAACUCGAUUCUGGCUAUGAAACUUGCGGGACUCGCCAAAUUGGAGGGAAUCAGCCUAUCGGUUCCCGACUUGUUCGAGAACAAAUCUCUGGAAGCGCUGGCUUUUGGUCUCGAGUCUUCAGCUCAUGUGGAGGCUGAGACUACAGCACCAUGCUUUGACUGGGAUCUGGAAGCUACAAUUCCCCAGAGUCUGGACGACGAGUUGCAGCUUUAUCUUACGGCUGGGUUCCACCGUCAGAAUCAGCCUGGAGCCUGUGACACGGGAAUCGAGAUUGUUCUCACCGGCUCCACGGGCCAUCUGGGAGGAGAAAUACUCCGACAACUUGUUGCUCGCGCUGACGUCCGAUGCGUUCAUUGUGUCGCCGUCCGCAGACCAGAUCAGCUCGCCAUCCCGACCUGGUCGUCCCAUGACAAUUUCGAUUGGAAGACUUUAUUCGAUCAGAAGGUGAAAGUUUACCAAGGAAACCUUUCAAUGCCCCGAAUCGGUCUGUCGGAUGACGAGGAAGCAACUAUCUUGUCAAAUUGCAGGGCUGUAAUUCAUUGUGGUGCCCUUGUCUCGUUUGUCAGAAGCUACGAGCUCAUGCGAGAUGUCAAUGUUGGCUCGACUAAAUAUCUUGCAGGCUUAGCAGUCAAAGGGUCGAUGGUGUUCCAUUUUAUCUCGACCGUGGGAGUCAACUGUGCACCCUGGUCAGAACAGCUAAUUAUCGAGGAGACGUCUGCAGCAGAUACCCGGCCACCCUCUGACGGUGCAGGUGGGUAUAUUGCCAGUAAAUGGGUCAGUGAGGUUUUCCUGGCGCGUGUUAAUACUCAAUAUGGUCUACCCGUUUCCAUUCAUCGUCCAUCCAAUGUUGUUGGGCCGAACGCCUCCAAGGACGAUAUUAUCAACAGCUUGCUGAAUACUUGCCGUCAGCUCGGAAUGGUACCGAGGCUUCCAGGCUGGAGUGGCUAUUUUGAUCUGAUCAGCGUAGAGGCAGCUGCGUCAAACAUCAUCAGUGCUAUGAAUGAGAGUAUUCAAAUGCAUCACAACAUCGCCGGGAUCGGCAGUGUGGAAUAUCGACAUGAGUCGGGCGGCGCAGUUAUACCAAUUGGUGCUUUGAAGUCAGUGUUGGAGAAAACCGGGGGGAGGCCUAUUCGCCUUGUGGAUUUGAAUGAAUGGAUGGAACAUGCUCGAUGUACCGUCGGCACAUCAGAACUCGUAUUGGAGUACCUGGAGAUGAGGAAGGGCAAAGGAAUCAGCAUGCCGUUGAUCCGCAACAAUCGCACGGCUUGGUUCUCUGGGGAAUUCACCACAGGGGGUAUUUUGGAAAGAGGUAAAAUGUCGGAGAUGAAGGGAAGGGGUAUGGUCGAACAGAUUGCCGCUCGGUAG